AUGGCCACCCAGUCGUGCUGGGAGAAGGAGCUGAAGCAACAGGAGGGUGAGGUGCCCGCAGGGCCUGAGAACGAGGUUGCUGCUGCCCAUGGCAACGCCCAGGGUACCGGCAACCCUGAUCCCAGCACCUGGGUCCCCACGAUAUCCAGUGACCAAUCUCUGUCAGGUGGCGGCACCCCACGCAGUGGCACAGCAGGUGACUCCACCUGCGCUGUGGCCACACCCGGCGCCAUUUUGGUCAUUGCGGAGGACCCGGGGUCACCCUCCAUGGACUGUGUGCAGGCGACGGGUCGCCCUGAGCACCGGGGCAGCCAGAGUCCCCUUGCGGAGCUGAGACGUGUGGGGCCCGGGACGGCACAUGUGGAGAGCGGGGACGCCAGGGGGCAAGCCACGAGAGGCACUGAUGAGGCCAGUGGGCGUCCGGCCCAGACCAGGAGCCCAGCGAAAAGCCGUGAGCAGAAGCGGCCCAGCGGCAUAGAGGCUGCGGGAGCUCUGGAGCGUUCACGGCACUGUCUGUUUCUGGGGGCUCCUGCACCUGAGGCCUCCGUGCCUUUGUCGCCAUCUUCUCCAAUGGCUCAGCCCAGCAGCCAUCGCCGCCGCCCUGCACCUCGGGCUUCUCCGUGUGAUCGCACAUCCCUGCCAGGCCCAGCCCUCCGGAGCCAGGCCCUGCUCUCUGCACCAGGCCCUGCCCUCCGCAGUCAAGCAGCCAGGCAAGGCCCUGCCCUCCGGAGCCGCACCACCCCGCCAGGCCCUGCUGUACGCCGUGGUCCUGCAUCCCGCCGCCGCUGUGCACCCGCACCAGGCCCUGCACCCCUCCGUGAUGAAUCUGGGCCAGGCUCUGCACCCAGACGCCGGGGAACUGCGCCAGGUCCUGCUAUGCGCCGCCGCCAUGCACCGGAGCCAGGCUCUGCACGCCGCCGAAGUGAACCCGGGACAGGCCCUGCUCCCAGCAGUCCUGGAUCCGCACCAGUCCCAGCUGUUCGCUGCCGCACAUCCAGGCCAGGCCAUGCUCUCCGAUGCGCUGCUUCUGAGCCAGCCCCUGCUUCCCCUAUGCGUGCAUCUGGGACAGGCCCUGCCCGCAGCAACCACCCUAGCCCACCAAUCCCUGCCCUCCGCAGCCGCGCCACCCCACUAAGCCCUGCCCUCCGCAGCGGGGGUACCACUCCAGGCUUUGUCCUCCGGAGCUGCCGCAUCCAGAGAAGAUCAUCUCCUAGCAGCCGCCCCUCUAUCCCUGGGCCUGGUGGCGAGGGUCCUCCUUCCCCUGGGUCCGCCUUAGGAAGGCUUGUCAUCCCGAGCAGCUCAGGCUCUCCUGAUCCUGAGGUCCCAAGCCUUCCUUCCCAGCCUUGUUGGCAUGCGGUCCGUAUGCGUGCCUCCUCACCCUCACCUCCUGGUAGGUACUUUCCUUUGCCUGGGAGGUGUGAUGACAGUUCGUCCCCCUCGCUGUCCUCCACGUCCUCCUCUUCCUCCUGUUCUUCCUCCUCUCCAUCCUCCUCCCCCACUAAUAUUUCUGGCCAGAGGUCCUCUUCCCCUAAGUUUUGUGGCCUGGGUUCCAUCUCCACUCCUAGCCCGGCUAGCCUUAGGCGUGCCUUCCAGCUGGAGUUUGAUGCCCUGAGCCCUGUCUCUCCAGAGGUGCAGGCUGAAGUAGAGAGCAUCCCUUCACCCCCUUCACCUCCUGUGCUGUGA